UAGAAAUUUUGGACAAAGGUUCGAUGUGGAAGCUCAUCCAUAACUAGAGUUUAGAUUAAAUUUUGAAGUUGCAGCCUAUGGACUCUGCUUCAUUCCCUCAUCCUUUGAUUUCCCAAGUCAUCACCAGCUCAAGUUUUCAUCGCUCCUACCCAAAUCAUCAGAGUGCAAGAUUCAGCCUUUGGAAUAAUAGGUUGUGGAAUUCAGCUCUUUGUGCUACUGGGUACUCAGCAGCUGGAAUAGAAGACGUGUUCGAUGAUAGUAACUUGAAGAGAAAUGACAAUGGAUCCUUCUUUGGUGCCUUAGCACCAUUUGAAACGUUAAAAGCUGAAAUAACGCCAGAAACAAAUGACUUCUUUGUUAGUGAUGCUGAAGGUGAUCCAGAUUGUCCCUCUGAAGGGUACUCUUCCGUUGAGCAGGCCCUUAAUACACUACGCCAAGGAAAGUUUGUGAUUGUGGUAGAUGAUGAAAAUGGGGAUAUUCAAGGAAAUCUCAUAAUGGCUGCAUCUCUUACUAGUACCAAGGAUGUGGCCUUUAUGGUUAAGCAUGGAUCAGGUAUUGUGUCCGUUGGCAUGAAAGAGGAGGAUCUUCAAAGACUGAACCUUCCCCUUAUGUCACCAGAGACCGAAGACGAGGAUUCUUCUGCCCCCACCUUCACUAUCACCGUGGAUGCAAAAUAUGGAACCUCCACAGGUGUAUCAGCUGCAGAUAGAGCAAAAACAGUUCUUGCUUUGUCAUCUCCUGUGUCUACAUCAGAAGACUUCAUCAAGCCAGGUCAUGUGUUUCCCCUCAAGUAUAGAAAUGGUGGGGUUCUUAGGAGGGCAGGUCAUACUGAGGCUUCUGUUGAUUUAGUUACUCUUGCUGGCUUGUCCCCAGUUUCUGUUCUUACGGCUCUUGUUGAUGAAGAUGGUGGCUCUAUGGCAUCUUUGCCCUAUUUAAGAAAAUUAGCAUUCGAAUACAGCAUACCAAUUGUUUCCAUAACUGAUUUGAUAAGGUACCGGAGAAAGCGAGAAAAGUUGGUUGAAAGAACUUCUGUUUCUCGUCUGCCUACAAAGUGGGGUUUAUUUCAAGCAUAUUGCUACCGCUCAAAGUUGGAUGGAACAGAACACAUAGCUAUUGUGAAGGGAGACAUAGGAGAUGGGCAAGAUGUCCUUGUGCGAGUACAUUCAGAAUGUUUAACAGGAGAUAUUUUUGGAUCAGCUCGGUGUGACUGUGGCGACCAGUUAGAUUUGGCAAUGAGACUGAUCGAAGAAGCAGGUAGAGGAGUAGUUGUCUAUCUUCGAGGUCAUGAGGGAAGAGGCAUUGGACUUGGUCACAAACUUAAGGCCUAUAAUUUGCAGGAUCAAGGCCAUGACACAGUUCAGGCAAACAUAGAAUUGGGGUUAGCUGUUGAUGCUCGUGAAUAUGGGAUUGGUGCCCAGAUUCUGGGGGAUAUAGGAGUUAGAACUAUGAGGCUAAUGACUAACAACCCAGCAAAGUUCACUGGUCUCAAAGGGUAUGGUUUGGCAGUGCUAGGGAGGGUUCCUGUAAUGACACCAAUUACUGAGGAAAACAAGAGGUACCUGGAAACAAAAAGGACCAAAAUGGGACAUGUUUAUGGGUCUGAUAUACAAGGAUCGUUACCUGGAUUCAACAAUUCAAUUGUAAAUGACCAAGACUUACCAGAGAACACUUAGCGCACACAUGUUUGGGGAUCUUUCUAUAAUUUAUUUUAUUGGCAAACUCCAUUCUGGUUAGAAGAAGCUUGUGUGAGUAGCUUCUGAGCAUAAUCCGAGAAGAUAGAAGCUGAUCAUAACAUAUGUGUUGAUAGUCUAUACAAAAAUACAACAGGGAAAAAAACUUUAUACACUAUUGAAAAAAAUUAAAGGAUGAAAUUCAUUUGUGAAGAUUGUAAUUAGCUCACUCUAUGUAAAUUUUGGUACUCAUAAGCUUCAAAUUACCAGAUACUAGUGUUAUUUACCCGCGCGUUGCACGGGGAAUACAUCUAUUAUA